AAGCGAUCGUAGAAUCGUUUGUGUUUGAAGAAUUCAAAUUAUCUCAGUGGAUCAAAACGCCAGUGCUUUUUUCUGAUUCAUAUUCGUUUAUUUUGGCAUUACAGUUAAAGUAGUAAUUAGUAAUACCUUCCUACUCGUGACCUCGGAUGGCAGACAGUGAUUGUGAUGUCAAAUUUGUAUGAGUGCGUGUAGUGAACAGUGUUUGUUCGAUGAGGAGCGUCCGGGAUUAAUCAAACAAAAAGAGAAACCAAGAGAACGAAAAGACGGGCGGUGCACAUAAUCAAACAUCAACGCCAUCGAAAGAGAACAAGAAGAGUGGCUAUUCCAAUAAGCAUAACAACAUCCACUCGGCGCGGGGCGAAAGUCUAGGCAGUGUAGAAAAGGUUCUUUAUUCCGCUGCCAAAGUCGGUCCAUAUCUGAUAUAGUGGUGUAUAUGCUGUAUUUAGUAUAGUACAUCGAUUAGCAGGCAACAAGCUGAUUGCCGUUCCUUGACGGCGGAAGGCGGACGUCAAAAUCCUUUCGAAAUACUGCAGCAGUAGCUAGUCACAACAGAACAAUAAUGACGGAAUACAAACUGGUAGUGGUCGGCGCUGGAGGUGUCGGCAAGUCGGCGCUAACGAUACAACUCAUCCAGAAUCAUUUUGUGGACGAAUAUGAUCCCACCAUUGAGGACUCUUACCGGAAACAAGUGGUGAUUGAUGGUGAAACGUGUUUAUUAGAUAUUCUAGAUACAGCAGGACAAGAAGAAUACUCCGCUAUGCGAGAUCAGUACAUGAGGACUGGUGAAGGCUUUUUGCUUGUUUUUGCAGUAAACAGUGCCAAAAGUUUCGAAGAUAUAGGAACUUAUCGAGAGCAAAUCAAGCGCGUCAAAGAUGCAGAGGAAGUUCCCAUGGUUCUAGUCGGUAAUAAAUGCGAUCUGCAGGCGUGGGCCGUAGACAUGAACCAAGCCAGAGAUGUGGCCAAACAAUACGGAGUACCAUUCGUUGAAACGUCCGCCAAAACUCGAAUGGGAGUCGACGAUGCCUUCUACACACUCGUUCGUGAGAUCCGUAAGGAUAAAGAAAGAGGGAAGAAAAACCGGAAACACAAUAAACUUGGUUCCAGUCGCCGGUUUAAAUGUCGACUGCUGUAAGUUUGUAUGCGAGUAUCGUACGCUGCCCCGCUGUUCUAUAUUCUAUAAUUAACGUGCUUGAAAAGUAUAAAAUUUGCGAACAAUUCUACGAUCGCACAACAACACUCAUAUAAACGUUUUCGUUCUGUGACCACCAAUCCUACCCUCUGCAGUGACAAAAUGGCUUCAAUAGAUAAGUAUACAGUUUUGAAAUAUUUAAGUUAGUUCGACCAUAUUCAGCCAUUUAGCUUGCGGAGUCGUCUUCUUCGCAAUAACACCUUUUACUCUCUCAGUGCUACAAAUUGACUUGUAAUAGAAAAGCUGGAUUGUCAACAAAUUUAGUUUUUAUUUCAAAAUACGGAUUGCACCGUAAAUAAUACCAUACCAGCAUAAUACCUAUCUCCUAACAGAAACAAAAGCCGUACAUUAAGAGAUCUCAGACAUAGAAUUAUGAACUGUAACAAUACAUCUGCAAGGACGAUUACUUGGAUUUGCGACAUACGAUUCAGUCUUCUCGGUGUGUUAUUCAAUUUCUACUAUAAUACUGUAAAAUUUCUACUAAUUUACUAUACCAAGUUUUUACCAUGCUUUCGAGAUAGAUUUUUGUCUACUUACAAACUAUGUAAUGUUUGCCGCAUAUUUGCAAAAGACAGUGCAAUCAAUAAAUAAUAUUAUAUAGGUAUUCUAUUGUGUUCAUUUGAUUUUUUUAGGGAGAGUAGGGAAGAAUUUUCAAUACAAUGGCAAUACAUUUAGAUUCUCAUUAUUGCGUAUUUAAGUUGUCUUUGAACUUAAACAUGCACAUUUUUGUGAACUCAUACAGAAAAGUACAUAAGAACAAUGUGUUUCUAAUGCUUUUUUAUGUUAAUGAUUAUAUAGCCUGUCAUUUGCAUAUGGAUAUGUUUUAUGAUGUCACAACAAUUGGUAUGCAUUGAUAUGCAAUAACAACGGUAACGGAUUAUCAUAAGAAUGAUAAGCUGUCUAGCCCAGUUCACCAAUGCUGCGCUCUAUUCCGAAUGUUACACUAACUCCGAACAGACAGUGAUUUUGGAGUAGUUUAUAGAUGGAAAUGUGUUUGAAAGCUGCUGCAAAGUAUUUCAAAUACGAAUACCUCACCUAGUGCACUGUGUCUACUUCGCCGUAUUGGAAUGUUAAAUCAGAGAUGUUGAGUAAUUUGAGUUUGAUUACUUAUCUAUGAAAUGUGCUAGGCUUGUCAAGUCGGAUAGUUACAAUAACGAGCUGUAGCAAUCGCUUACACAGUUCAGUAAAUUGUUGUGUAAUAAUUCAUUACAUAACAAUAACGGCUUGUGUAACGAACUAACGUUGCAUAAUGACAAAUUACGUAACUCAAAAGAAAUGCGUACUAUUACGACAGUGCAUAAUUAUUUGCGGGAAAGUAGGCCAUUUCAAGACCGAUUAGUGUGAUGAAAAACAGCCUAUUACGAUGAAAAAUUACAUGGGUACAGGGAUUAUUUUUCAGAACAUUUUUCAUCGACUCCUUAGGUAACAACUCCAAAAUGCUUUCAGGAGAUCUCUAAGGAGGUCUCCUGUACGUACAUGCUUUCCCGGAUUUCUCAAUAAAUUUGUCUGGAGAAUCUUCCAAGACUUCCUCAAGAAUGCAGAAGUUCCAUCAGAGAGGCCGAAGUUCAUCUCCUACAAGAUUGCAUCAGGUUAUUUUGGAUUUUACUGAAGUGUCCUCAAUACAAUGGAGGAAGUCCAUGCUAGGAUUGCUGGAUUCAUUGAGACUUUCCUUGAGAAAUGGAGUAAUCCUGAACUUAGAAAAAUUCUAGGGGAAUCUCUUGCUCGACUGAGAUCUUGAGAAAUUUCUGGAGGUAUCUUCGGAGGUGGAAAAACGGUGGAAGUUUCAUACAGCGGAAAGAAGAAACUUUGAAGUAAUGCCUUAAGUAAACAUUUGGGCAAGUUCCUGAAUAGUUUUCUUAUAAAAUUCCUACAGAAAAUCAUGGAAGAUACUAAUACCUGGCGUGUAACGGAAAUACCACAAAGAAAAUCUUAGAAGUACUUUUAGAGGAGUAUAUGGUCAGUAUCUUUUGCACUUUUUUAAACCCAUUCGGUUCUUUUUAAGACUCUUAGACGCUAUCAGCCUUAGGUCACAAAGAUGGGCUUAUGAACAAAGUUAAAUACAGAAUUGAAAGCAUAAAUCUACUUACAUUAUGUAACUUGUCGUAGAAAGAAACAAUAAUCGUCUACCCACAUUUUUAACUAUAAGUUUGCGUUCCAAAUUUGUAUAAAUGACAAAACGAUUAUCUGUUGAUCAACAGUAACUCCAGGAGUAACUGCAGUGAUUGUUUUAUUUUCAUCAAAUAUUUCCGACUGAUUACCUGUUUUUCGGUAGGAAGUUCUCAUUGUCCAUCUUUUUACUGAAUUGUGUAAUAUAACGAAAAUGGACUGAAUCUUGGGUAACAAUCCAAAAAGAAAUCAUUGUUAUCCCGUCUUUGCGUUUCAAAUUACCCUUUAUUUCUCCACAACUAUUUAAGUAUUUUUAUGACGAACCCAAUUGUUAGCAUACAAAACUGUCGUCUUGUGGGAAUCGAGUCAACAACAAUUUAAUGAGUUUCAGCUUCAACAUUUUUUUAUGAUUUAUUUAUCUUUGCCGUUUUUAAUGUUUUUGAAUACUAAAAUUUAUGUUUUCAAUCCAGCUUUUCCAUACUGGUAACCUUGAUGUAAAACAAAAUACUUAUAAGUGUGUAUCAGUGCACAUGCAGUUAAUGUUCUGGCGAACCGCCUCUGAAUAAGAACUGCGCAGAACAAUACACUGCACAACCGCAAAUGCAUUGAACACUAAAGCUGACAGUACAUGGGGUCAAACUUUUAACUGAAUCACGAUAGCAUGUCAAACAUCUGUUUGUAGGUAACCAUUUUUUUAGUGUUUGUCCUUCAAUCCGAAAACAGUCAAACAUUUGACCCCGUGUAAUACGGGCUUGAUAUGAAACCACUAGAGUACUGGAAGGAUUGAUCAGGUAUUCAGCGCCGGAAUAUGAUUAUUGGUCUACCUAUAUUGUAAAAAAUCUACAUUUAUUACUAAAAUAACACAGGUCUUAUUAUAGUAGUACAAGAAUAACGCUCAGAAGUUUUAAUAUGUUUAAAAACACUGUGGUCUGCCCACCAACUCACAACAGCCUAAAUAGAUGUUUCGUUAUUCUGGAGGCAUAGCUACAAACUUAUCAUUUGUGUCAAUGGAUUCCUCUGGUUUUUGCACAAUUUUCUCGGGUUGAGCACAAUUGGACGCGGGCCGCUUGGCGUAAGGAUGUUUAAAAUACUUAAUUCUCAGUUGCAGAAGUUGAUUUGUUUAUCUUAGAUUGCCGAAUUGUUCCGAAUAAAUUCAAACUCUCUCUACCUUCCGUUGCCAAUCUGCAAUGGAUCAUUAAAAUAACCGAAACGGCCGCUCUGAAAAGCACUGAUAGCGCCACCGUGGUCUUAUGUGUGUUAGACAGAACAGCAAGGCUGUCACAAUGUUAAAUCCCUUAUACAGUGUCGCCGCUGUUUUGAUGCAGCGAGUGCCGAAAGAGUGACCUUCAAUGAUCCAUUUAUAUUAAAAUAUUUCUAAAACUCUCUCGAGUGAUCGCACAAAUGGAUUGGUAUUUUGGCAUUGUAAGACGAAAAAUGCCUUAAAUUAGAGAGUACCGCAAAUCCUGUAUAGAAAAAUAAUUAGAUUGGAACUCAAAAAUUAAAUUUAUCUAAAGGCAGUUUGAUGUUCGGUUCAAGACCUUUGGUAAACUAUAUAACAAUGUGUAACUCUGAUUUGGUAUUUUAUCUAGAAUAUAUUCUUUAAUUUAAGAUUCAGCGUUUUUCUAAGGUUUUGCGGCGUCCCACCAUUUCGAAUGUUUCUGAUCCUCUUCAAGUGACCCUCCGACAAAAUUGUGCACAGUGAAAACCAAGUCUGGGCUGUAUACAUUGAAAAGUCCAUUGUCAUUUCCAUUGUUUUGCCAUGGACGAUUUUGGAAACUCUCUCUUCUUCUAAGUCUUCUCCUUUCAACGUCAAAUGUAGCAAACAAUUCAAGAUAAUGUUGUAGGUGAAUCCGGUUCGGACCGAAAAUCUCCUUAACCCGUAUAGGCCUGAGUGAAAGCAAAAAUUCUAAAACCCUCACCGCUCAGCUAAUUCUUGAUGGAUUCAAAUGAUUUUUUGACAGUAUACUGACACACAUAUCUAGUUUCUAGAAAUGGACAGAGGAACUCGGAAAUAUUCUUGAGGCCGGAGUUAUUCCGGUGGAUUACUGGGUCAGGUCGGGUGUUAAGGGUACUGUGCGUUUGUGCCCCUCAAGGUAGGCAAAUUUCAAGUCACAGAUAAUUUCCGGAAACGGCUAUAAUGUGGCCACUUUAUGACGGAAUUUUAGAAAAAUUGCAUCAGUUUAAACCUUUUGAGAAACGAUUGUAUUGGAUAACUAUGAGUUUUGCAUUUAAUUAAUCCUACAAAUGAUCAUUUUCGGGUCCCGGGACGCCUCAAACUUAUGAUAAAGUGGUCAAUUGGUAUCUGAACAUCUGUGCCAAGCUUAUGGGAACGCAUUUUAGUGCAAAAUUAUGUUUGAUUUCUACUUUUAGAGAAUUGAAACAGUUUAGUAUCCAACAAAUCUACAGCCGGUUCUUUCGGGCAUAACGUCCGAAUGGUCACAUCCGGUAUAUUUUAAACGUUGCAGAACACUUCAUUUAUAAUGUUGAAUAUCAGAUCUUAAUGAUUUAUGCAAAUUAAAAUGAUUUUCAUUGCAAAUAAAUAGAGGUAACUUGGCCUGUCCCAAAAAAUAGCCCUUUUUUACCCGACUUGACCCAGUAACUCACCGGAAUAACUCCGACCACAGGAAAAUUUCCGAGUUUCUCUGGCCACUUCAAGAAACUAGAUAUGUAGGCCAGUGAACUGACAAAAAAUCAUUUGAAUUCGUUAAGAAUUCGCUGAGCGGUGAGGGUUUCAGUAUUUUUGCUUUCACUCAGGCCUAUACGGGUUAAUAAGGUUAACGAUACAGUCAAAAUUUUUACAGUACGGAUGGUGACACAGUCUUCUCACCGCCGCAAUUUCUCGGUUGUCUUUCAAACGAUUUUGUUCAGUAAACCAUCUGACGUACAAAAACGAACUAAGCUUCAAUUUAUUCCACGUUGGACAACUGGGAAUUUGGGGUGUAUAUCGAACCUUACAUAAUCUUAAUAAGUUUAUUUUGGAACUUAAAUAUUACUCAUGUUUACUUUUGCCAUACCGACUAGCAUGUAUUUGAGGGUAGAUCACAAUAUUUAAGAAUCAGAAAAAAGGCACAAAGAAAGUAAGAAAAAAAUAGCGUAAUGAAGAGAAAUUCAGUGUAUGCUUACGCAUUAGUAGUUUAUCAGUGAGCAAAGAAUGCUAGGUUCACCUUUUUGCAGAAAACAAGUGUGCGCUCAAACAAAUUUUCCAGUGCGCUUUACUAAGAUAGUCUACUGAUGAAUAAGAUAUUCACUGUUGUAAGCCCAAUGUAGUCAAAUAUUGAUGAAAUAAAAUUGAUCACACAUAUUCAAUCCCA